GGCAGGGAGGGGGAAGUGUGGAAUGGCGGACGGCCGGGCUGGCCCGCCCUGGUGGUAGGGAGCCGAGGGGGCCUGGAGGGGAGCGGAGGGGACAGCAGCCGAGAGGGAACAGUGCCUGAAGCAGGUCCACCAUGCCGUUAGUAACGAGGAACAUUGAGCCAAGGCACCUGUGCCGUCAGACGUUGCCGAGCGUUCCAAGCGAGCUGGAAUGCAUGACCAACAUCACCCUGGCAAAUGUCAUUCGACAGCUGGGCAGCCUGAGUAAAUUUGCAGAAGACAUAUUUGGAGAGUUGUUUACUCAAGCCAAGACCUUUGCCUCCCGGGUGAGCGUUCUAGUCGAGAGAGUUGACCGCUUGCAAGUCAAAGUCACUCAGCUGGAUCCCAAAGAGGAAGAAGUCUCCCUGCAAGGCAUUAACACCAGGAAGGCCUUCAAAAGCUCCACUACUCAGGACCAGAAGCUCUUUGACAGAGAUUCUCUUCCAGUGCCUGUCCUUGAAACCUAUAAGACCUGCAAUACUCCUCCACCUCUCAACAUUCUCUCACCUUACAGGGAUGAUGGCAAAGAGGCACUUAAAUUCUACACAGAUCCUUCAUAUUUCUUUGACCUUUGGAAAGAAAAAAUGCUUCAGGACACCAAGGAUAUUAUGAAAGAGAAGAGGAAGCACAGGAAAGAGAAAAAAGAGAACCCGAACCGAGGAAACGUGAAUCCACGGAAAAUCAAAACCCGGAAAGAAGAAUGGGAGAAGCUGAAAAUGGGACAGGAAUUUGUUGAGUCAAAGGACAAACAUGGUCCUGGAGGGUACCCCUCUAACAUGGUUUAUCAGAACGGCAGCAUCGGGUCCAACGAAAGCAUGGAUGGGAACUGCUACCCGCCACCACCACAGACUGACUCUAUUGUGCCACCACCUCCUUCCUUCCCAGAUGACAGCCUGCCUCCACCCCCAGUGGAAUUUAGCUAUCCUGUAGACAACCAAAGAGGUUCUGGAUCUGGAGGGACCAAACGUUCCAGCCUGGUCAGCCCAAGUCACCCCCCACCAGCUCCUCCCAUCGGAUCCCCCUCAGCAGCCAGACCGGGCUUCGCUCCCCCUCCAGCGCCGCCUCCGCCGCUGCCGCUGAUAGGAAACCCCUCUCCUCCACCACCUCCCAUGGGCUUCCCGUCCCCGGGGACCCCCCCACCUCCCUCACCCCCUUCCUUCCCUCCUCACCCCGAGUUUGCUGCCCCCCCACCUCCUCCACCCCCUCCAGCAGUCGACUAUGCCAGCGUGCUCCCCCCUCCUCUGCCGCAGCUGACCGGCGGGAGCGCGCCGCCUCCCCCUCCCCCCCCACCACCUCCUGGGCCACCACCUCUGUCCUCAGGUGGCCUGGAUGGUCCCCCACCUCCUCCUCCCCCCUCAGACACCUCCACCUCCAAGCCCAAGUCAUCCCUGCCUGCGGUUAGCGAUGCCAGGAGUGAUCUGCUUUCAGCCAUUCGUCAAGGCUUCCAGCUCCGCAAGGUGGAGGAGCAGAGGGAACAGGAGAAGAGGGACGUUGUGGGCAAUGAUGUGGCAACCAUCCUGUCACGCCGCAUCGCUGUGGAGUACAGCGACUCCGAGGACGACUCCUCAGAGUUCGAUGAGGACGAGUGGUCGGAUUAACCACAGCCCCAGCCCUUUCUUUCCUUCUCUCUCCUGGGUUAACAGAAUUUUAUUGUUUUUUUUUUUUCCCGUCAAGAAUCGGGCAGCCAAAACCUUUCCACCACUUCCAUUUUCAUCCCCUAACCAAAGAUGUGCCAAGGGUUUCUCAGACAACCAGCAGCAUAUCUCCCCUCUCCCUUCCCCUCUGGCUUUGGCAGGACUUCAUGCUCUGCCUUUCCAAAAGGUCUCCUCACGGAUGCUGAGGAUGUGGUGUUGGGAUUUAGCUGGAGGGGGUGUAACGGUUGCUUAUUUAAAAGAAAGCUAAACCUCCAGGUUCUCAAUGCCACCAGGCAGCAGAGCAGAUACAAACCCUCCAUCCUGAGGGAUUUUUUAAAAGUCAGGAUGGAUCAUCCCGUUGUGGCUGCCUGGCCUUUCAGAUGAAGGACAUUUUCAGCUGGUUUUCUCAUUGCGACAGCAGACAGUUGAUCUGAUGGCUCUUCCUUUCCAGUGAUUACUGGUAGUGCUGCAAGAAAAUGGGCUUGAAAUGUCUGUUGUCUGCUGCAUCCCACUGUCAAAUAAUCAGUUUGGGGCUUUUUUCCCCUCUGACCCCCCCCCUCCCCAGUAUUAUUUCCAAACCACCCUGCGUGGGGUGAGCUUCCUGGCUCUAGGGCUGGGGAGUACAUUGGGUGCAAUGUGAGGAGGGCCUUUUGGUUUUUUUUGUUUUAAUUAUUACUUUUAAAAGCUGCCUUUACUUUCCUCAAAUCUGGACUGCUUUGCCAAGUCUGCCAAGGGAGACUUGCCCAAAGAGGUGCAAAAACUGGGGCAAAAUGGUUGCUUGGCUUCCUGCCCCACAGAGACACAUCUGUGUGGUCAGCACUGAGAGGUGGCAAAACUCUGCUCUGCUGAUUUCUCCAGUUCCUGCUGAGAGGGUGUUUGUUAAAAAAAGAAGAAAAAAAAAAAAAAAAGUGCCUGAAGUGGGGAGAUGGUGUGAGGAGGUUCUCUGAACCCCAGGCACUUUGGAGGUCUUUGGCUUGUUGAGGGCAAUGCUGCAGUCAGUUUGAAGAGGUGCUUUUUCUAGCAGAGUGACCAUACUUUUUACACAGAGUAGCAGAAAAUGCUGGUAUUACCUUUGCUUUCUCCUCCCUUCCACUGAAGGAGGGGAGUUUGUGUGCCUAAAAACAUCUAGUGUGUGAACUGAGUUGCCCAUCAGUUACAUCAGACCUAACUUACAUCAUUUCUCUUGAUUUUGUUAUUCUAAUUCUUUGGUUAAUUUGAAGAAAACAUUUCUUCUCACUAACACUAUGAAUUCCCAAGCUGCUCACUGCAGAUACAGCACUGGCAGGGGGAGAAAAUGAUGAACUUGAACUAGCUGACCUAGGUUUUAUUGCUGUUUUAUAUUGCCUUACAUAGAUUCUAAGCAUAUCUUGAAAAUCUGGAAACAAAUACCCUCAGUGCUACAGACGUGUGUUUUAAUUUGGCCAUGACUCUCUCAGGGUCAUGCAAAAAACCAGUUCCAAAGCCUUUUGGAGAUCUUGGGUCCAAGCUGCACGUCCUGUUCAGACCAACUCUCCAACCUCUUUGUUUUUCCUCUUGUAAAGUAUUUUGCCAGCCUGUGCCUGUUCUUUCUUCUCUGCCUCACCUCCUUUAAUGAUGCUGCUGAUACCUGGAACGCCAGGCCCAGCCCGAGGCUGCCAGGUUGCUGAAAAUCCUUCUUGGGGUUUGAUUGAUGGCUUCAGGUUGUGCCACAGAGUUCUUACUGAUUUCUUGUGUGUGUGCGUGCGCAUUUUUAAUCUCUGGCAGAGCAGAUAAGGGCCUGGAGGAUGGGCUGGGGGGUGCGGAUCAAGCAGAGAUCCAACUCGACCCUGAGCACAAUCAGGGGAGAUUUACUGGACCUGCUGCACCAUCAGAUUUGAUUUGAUUUUAUUUUUGGUCUGCAAAUCAGCUGCUAAGGCAGGAUGCAGAGGGGGUAGACGGCGGCGAAGCAUCCCGAUGGGCUGGGAACAUCUGAGCAGCACCAGGUCCAGGUUCUGGAAGAGGGAACAAACCCCUCGAGUGCCAGUUGAGCCGUGGUGCAGUGGAAGGACUUGGAAAUGCAAACUGAUUAUUGCUGCAAGCUGGGGAAGGGAGGUUAGAGGAGAAUCACUGCCUCUUGUUUUUCUGCUCUUGCUGUAAGCAUCUUCCUCUGGCUUCUCUCAGAGACAGGUUCCUGGGGAAAAUGACCUUUCAGCUAACCCAGGCUGACAGCAUUAGCACACAGGGAAGCCAGGAGCUUGCAGAUGCCAAACCUGGGUUAAUUUUAAAUUGCCUUAACUAGACUCAGCCUCUGGUGGGGAAGGGGAGUGAGUAUUUCCUUGUCGGGUGAAAUACAGAAAAGUGCCAAAUUCUCUGUGACCUUCUCUCAGGCAGGGCUGUGCCUCGGGGUGUCAGGGACAGGCUGCCUGUUGCACAAGGAUGCUGUGUGGGUGAUUUGGCACGGCCACGGGUGGAGUCACCUCCUCCCACUGCCUCGCCUGCUCCAGAGCCCUCCUGGCAGCAGGAGGGACGCUGCUUUGUCCCUGCAAGCCUGCUGGAACCACCUUCUUCUGCCUUCAAACUCCCCUUCAAACAGCUGGGUCUUAAACAGAAGGGUUGGGGACAGGUAGGGAUUGGUGGGUGGGUGGGUGGUUUGUUUUGUUUUUUUUAAAAUCUCUUUGUUUGCAAAGAAUAAGACCCUGAGAAACAACUGGUGUAAAGUGACCUUCUUUGAGUAUCGUUGCAAAAUCGCAGAGCACUGGGCCACCAAGUAAGCUUAAUAUUUCUUAAACCAGUAGGGGAAUAGGAGAGGUGCCAAAAACAACCUUUGCAAGACAGAGCAGCUGUGCUGGAGCUGUGGGGCCUGAGCUGGGCUCCCUUAACAUCUUUAUCCUCCCCUCUUGGUUUGCUCCUUCCUCCCCUGGGUUGAACAGCAGGACAGGCAAGCCUCAAACAUUUCACAAAGCCACCAGGGCCACCGGGGUCCUCUCCACCCAUCCAGGAAGAACCCCUGCUUUUUUUUUUUUUUUAAUUUUUUUCCUUUUAUUCCUCCAUUUCAGCCCCAUCCACAUCCCUCAGGAGCCAGAGCAGCCUUUUCACCCAUCCCAGGAGCCGUUUGCUCGGGAUGUGCAAGUUUGGGCAGGCUCUGCUGCUUUCCCCUUCCCACCACCACACUCCUGGUUAAAUAUUCUCCCGGUGUCCUCACCCGCAGUGCUUGGCUGCUGCUCCCAGCAGCCUCUUCCCCCUCCACCCCCCUUUCCUGGGCUCCCAGGGAAAGCCUGGUCCCAGCUCCCCGGGCUCAGCCUGGAGCCUCAGCCGCAGUCAGUGACCUUCACUGCUUUCUCCUCUCCUUAUCAGACCCAAAGCACCAGACCAGAGCGAGGGAAAAGGGCUCCUGGAGGUCCCAGAUGGCCGAGAAACUGUGCAGAAUGUUGUUUCAGGGAAAGAAUAUAUAUUAUAUAAUUUUUAUUUUUUUUUCUCUCCAGUCUGUGGACUUAUUUAACGUGCCUCUUUGGAAAGUACCUGCUCUUGAUGAGCUCCUUGGCUGGCAGGGCCUUGAGUGGGGCAGCUGCAGCUGCUCCAGGUCAGGUUUCAUGGCUGUUGGAUUUUGGAGGGUGCUUUCUUCCUUUUUUCAAACAAAGCCUUGAAGUGGGAAGUGGAUCCGAUGGUUGUUUUUAUUAUUAUUAUUAUUUUAUUACUGUAUUAACAUGCAUUUUAACUCAUUUCAGAAACUAACCCAUUUCUUUUCCUGAUUAGAAUGUCAUAGAAUUAGAUGUGCUGUAAGCCUCCUGAAGUGCCUUAUUUUCCUACAUGGUAUAAAUAUAUUUAUAAGAGUAAUUAUUCCACUUUUAUCUUAGGGGUUUAUCGCUGAGCAGAAAAUAGGGUGGGAGGAGAGAUGGGAAGUGCCCUCAGAGGACCCAGCCAGGCCAGGGGUUCAGAAGGGUGAUGGCUGACAGAUACUCUCAGGGUGCAGGGGGUGAUUCCCUUCAAACCAAAGGAGUUUCAGCACAGAGACUCCACUUAGAGGAAAAAAAAAAAA